AUGUUUGGAACUUGGAAGUACGAUCCUGAGACCGACGAGGUCCAGAGUGUCCGGAACGGCUUCGACCCCGUCACGGCCCGCUCCAGUUCCCACCAGGCCUGCGAUAGAUGUCAUGAGAAAAAGCUCCGUUGCAGUGGAGACAAGAACGGCUGCGAAAGAUGCCGCAACAACAACCUUCGCUGCGAAUAUACUCGCUCCGGUUCCAAGUCAUCACGCCGGGGGAAGAGCAGCCGCAAGUCUGCAGAGGGUGACAGUCCUUCAAGCUCCAGCUCCAAGCGAGGAGGCAGCUCAUCAAAGCGGUCAGGGAAGCACCACAGCGGUUCUUCCCGAGCUGCAGCUUCAGCCGAGGAGGGUGACGGAGUGCUGGGUCAAUUCGACUUCUCCACGCUCGGCCCCGAGGACGGCUUCGAUCUGAGCAUGCUGUCAUCCGGGGCCGACCACGGAGCGGGCUACGCCACGGCUGGGCCCUCGGCGGGUCAGUAUGCACAGAACUUUGACGGGAGCUACCAGCAGUGGGAUCCGGCAGCCUAUGCCGCAGCAUACGGGCAGCAGGGCUACUCGGGCGAGGACUGGGGUCAGUACGACCAGGGCGACUAUGCCCAAGACCCCCGGUACUACCAAGGGCACUAG